AUGGAAACCAGUUUACCUGUUCCUACCACCUUACCCGAGGUCGAGCACUUGAUAAAUGAGCUUUACAAGCCGAAUCCUCCCGAGACAAUCUCGCAAAUCCAAGAAACCCUCCAGCGUCUUCAGAAAUCACCCCAGGGUUGGCAAUUGGCCCAAAGCUUACUAGCACGACUCGGUGAUAAUAUCAAGUUCUUUGGCGCCUUGACUAUUAUCGUGAAACUGAACACUGAAAGGCUAUCUGAUGAUGAUGCUCUUUCUGUACUUCAGAACCUCAUCACUUGGCUUAUUCACUCCCUCGGCGAUGGUUCAGGGCCUAUCGUAAUCAGGAAGCUCUGCUCAGCGCUGGUAACGUAUUACAUCCACUACUCACAUACAUGGUCCAACUGCAUACGUCAUCUCAUCCAUUCAUUGGACCGCAAUGCAGUCACCUCGAUCGAAGAGAUCGGAGACUCUGUACCUCUAGAACAGAUCAUUGCGCAGUUGGACACCCAGAAGUUCCUAGCCGCAAGUUGGUUUGCCACGGCGUUAGCUGAGGAAACCGAGAAGGUAGAUACCAAAUCUACCAAGUAUAUCGGCCUCCAUGAGCGUGUUCUUGAUAAUGCAAAUGACGUUGCAUCCUUGAUGGCCAGUGCCCUAGCGCCUUCGGAUGGAGUUUCUAAUAUUUCUAGCCAGAGGGAGGCGCUAAUCUGCUUGCAAGCCUGGUUUCUAUAUGCUCAACGUACCCCGAAGCAACCUCUGAUCCAGCUUCUCCAAGCUUUGGUCCCGCCUGUGAUCAACUGCUUGCUGGUUGAUGAGCUGUAUGAGACUACCGUUGAACUGUUAACCGACACGCUGGGAAACUGGCAACAGUUCUUCACCCGCCAUCACAUUGAUUCCUUCUAUGCCCUGUUCGAGAGUGACUGGGCACGCCAGCGAUACCAAGACCUUGUUAGGGGCGACUUCGACUUCGAUGCAGUUCAAUUUGGCUUAUUCAUGCUAGCAUUUGGCGAUGCCCAGAUGGUUGAAAUGAUGGAUUCAACGGAUACGAGAGCCCAAGCCUUCUUAACUGGCUUGGCUGGACUGCUGAUAGCAAAAGGUCACCCGGCUGCCGAGGACAAGAUUUUCGUUCCUGCCCUAGAGCUAUGGUCGGCCUUUGUCGAGAACUUGGUCGAUACUCUUUACUCAGAGUCGACGAACGACCUUCCAUGGGACAAACCACCCCUUUCACAGGUUAUGCAAGUGGUCUCCUAUAGUUGGCAAAAAAUCCAGUACCCAUCUUCGGAUGUCUAUAACUCAUGGGACUCGACAGAAAAGGCUGGUUUUGGUGACGCGCGGAAGGAUGUUGCAGAUUUCCUCCAGGCCGUCUACACAAUCUUAGGGCUGCCACUGAUCUCACUAUUCGUUGAUCUCAUUCUAAGAGCUUUGGCAGACAACUCCUGGGCUGAACUUGAGGCAGCCUCGUUUUGUCUAGGUGCACUGUCCGAUAGUGUUUCGGAGGGAAACUCGUAUGAUGAAACUCUUACCAAGGUUUUUGGCUCAUCUCUGUUCGACCUCCUCCGGCAAGGACAGGGGGUUGUCCCCGUUCGAUCCCGGCAAACAUGUCUCUAUCUAAUCGAGCGCUAUUCAGAGUAUUUCGUGCGUCACGCAGAGUAUCUUCCAGCCGCUCUGAACCUUCUGUUUAGUGCUGUGGCCGAUCGCCAUCUAGCACUUCCUUCCUCAAAAUCCAUCCUUACUUUGUGCUCCUCUUGUCGAAGACUUCUGACUUCCGAGAUCGAUGCGUUUUUAGAACAGUAUAGCGCGCUGCGUAACAACAGGGAGCUGGAUUCUUUAGCUGAGGAGAGGGUUAUUGGCGCCAUCGCUGCUAUCAUACAGUCACUCCCCAGCGAGGAGCAUAAGUUGAACGCUGUCCAGAGGUUGUUAACAAUGGUUGGUAUGGACGUCAGUGCCUGCCUGCAGUUUAACUCUGCACAAGAAAAUGCGUUAGUUGAUCAUAACGAUCCUGUGAGUUGCCCUCUGAUUCUUAACCAACACGAAUUUCCCGCGGCCUUUUCUUACCUAGUCCAGAUGGUCUUCCGAGCAUAUGAUAUAUCACAACGUCCAACUUCACCCGUUCUAGCGCAUGAGGUUGCAUUGCAGUUUGCUGUUAGAGCACUUCGAUGUCUCUGCAGCAUAGCCAAAGGACUUCAAGCUCCUGUGGAUUUGGAUUCUGACGAUGAGUCCGUCCAAGUGGAAACUAGACGAGACCUAGAACGGAUUCAUGCUGAUAUAAUUGGGAUUCUUGUCCAGCUUAAAGAUCUAUUUUCGAGCAGUGCUGAGGUCGUGGAUGCCAUUUGUACGAUCCUGCGCGCUGGGUUUUCGGAAACAGACGCUGGUCCGUUCGUAUUUCCACCACCUAUGGUCACAGAACUUAUUACCAGUAAUUGGCAAAGCCGGAUUGCAACUGUUGUAAACACUGCAAACAUCUUUGCCAGCUCGCUCAACGCCGGAAGAUUCAAGCAGCAUGCUGUUCCUACACUCGGUAUAUUACUACCAUGGGUCUUUAACCUGCUCCACCAACUUCCUGGUCCAGAAGCCGAGCCAGAACUAUCUCAAUACGGAAUUGAAUUCGCUCAAAGAGUUUUGUUGAGACGUCCAGAAGUGCUAAUGUCUCAAGCGCCAAACGUUCUUGAAUUCUUAUUCAGCUUUGCAAUGAAGCUUCUCAAUGGGAACGAACCGUUGCCCAAAGCGGCUGCAGCAGAAUUCUGGACUACUUUCAUAACAGCAAAAUCAGAUGAUGCGAAUGUCCAGGUCACCUUGAACGACGCAAUGAUGCACUUUGGGCCCCAACUUUCCCAAUCAUUAAUGCAGAGCAUUGGAGGAAGAGCCUCCCGCAGUGACCUUGAUAAGCUCAGCGAGCCCCUGAAGAAGCUUAUUGUCCAACAUGUGUAUGCUUCAAAAUGGCUUGAGGCAGCGCUAAACGACGUAAGCUUCCCUAGCGACAAGGUGUCUCCUCACGAUAAAGCUCUGUUCGUGAAGAAACUGGUCAGCCUUCGCGGGGCCAAAGCUACGAAUCAGGUGGUACGCGACUUCUGGUUAGCCUGUAGAGGUUCUAAUUUCGCAUAUGCGUCGUAAAUCGUAGUCGUUAUGGGAAAUAAGACGUAUGUUUUACAAAAAGCACUGUCCUCCUCUACUAUUCCUGAGCCGUGCAGCCGUGUGAGCAUUAGUCAAUAGGGAUACUAGACGUCAGCCUGCUAAACUAGAAUAAAUCCUCUACGGAUAAAUGGUGACUAGGUACUGGUACUAUCUGGGCGUUAGUGAUUAUUAUUAUUAUUUUUGUUCUUUUAGAAAAAGUUAGCUGGAUACUGCGCACUCGGUUAACUCUUAUUAAAUUUGAUGUCUUUUAGACACUAACUUUUUACUCAGAAUCACUGAAGUCCACGGGCUGUACAUCAAUCUAGUUUACGUAAUCUUCAAAAGCCCUAUGUAAUGCCAGGGCGAGUUGUUGCCUGUAUUU